GGGCCGCUCCGCAGCCUGGGCGGGCUGACAGGGAGGGCCGAGGGAGCAGCUCUCAGAGACGGGCCGGCCGCAGUGCGGGAGACGAGAGCUAGUUCAGCCUGCGUGUUCUGAGCCGUGAUUUGACUUUGCUUCAGGUCUGGAGUGUGACUUGGCCAUGAAUCUGGUGGGGCAGCCCCUGGUGAGGCAGCAGGUGAUGAAGGGAGUGAGGGAGUUCCUGGAGAACCGGAAUCCGGUGAAACCCCUCGUGAUGUCCUUCCAUGGCUCGACUGGAACAGGCAAAACUUACGUGAGCUCCAUGAUCGUCCGCUACCUCUUCCAGGGCGGACUCCAGAGCCCCUACGUUCACCAGUUCUCUCCGAUAGUGCACUUCCCCCACGCUGAGCGGAUCGAGCAGUACAAGGAAAGUCUGAAGCGCUGGAUACAAGGGAACUUGACAAAAUGUGGACGGUCAGCCUUUCUCUUUGAUGAGAUGGACAAGAUGCACCCGGGCCUGAUCGACGUGAUCAUACCGUUCCUGGGACCCUCAUGGGUUGUGUACGGUACCAACUACCGCAAAGCAAUCUUCAUCUUUAUAAGCAACGCAGGGGGGGAGCAGAUCAACGAAAUGACGCUGGAUCUCUGGCGUGCCCGCAAGGACCGGGAGGAGAUCAGCCUGCAGGACCUGGCACCAGCCAUCUCCAAAGCCGUGUUUGAAAACCCUCAGAGUGGAUUCUGGAAGUCUGGGAUCAUUAACGAACAUCUCAUUGAUUUUGUGGUGCCCUUCCUCCCACUGAAGCGCCACCAUGUAAAGCAGUGUGUUAUCAGCGAACUGGUCCAGCAAGGCCUUGAAGUCCGGCCAGGUGUUGUCCAGGAGGUGGCUGACAGCAUCCCCUACUUCCCUGAAGAAGAAAAAAUAUUCUCGUCAACAGGCUGCAAAACAGUGACCUCUCGGAUCAGUUUUUUCUUCUAGUCCCUGGCGAGGGCCUUGCUCAGAUCCAUAGGGAUCUGUGAGGGGCUGUAAAGCGGCAGAGCCUGGGGCUGGCAGGAUGAGCAGCAGGACCUGCGUGUUCCGUGUUCCCUCUUGGUGGCCCUCGCACUCUCCCGCUCAGCUCGUCUCUCCAGCCCCGAGGAGGCCGCUGCAGGAUGCAGCUGCAGGACCGAGUACAAGUGAUGUGAUUUAAAGCACUUUACUGAUUUCCGCUUGGCCAGGUGAGGGUGGAUACAACCGGCUUGGCUUCCACCCAAGACACGUGUGACAACAAGGGGGAGAUGCUAAGAGGGCCUGCAGCGGCAGGCAGGUUCCUCACCCUGUCAGCAGCACCCACCUGCAGCUCUCCCCUCUGCUGGCAGCUAUUGAUAAUCCAGCACAUCAAGAUUCUGAGCCCACAGAAGAAUAUUUCUUUCCUACAGCAUUUUAAGUUUUUUAAAACGUCUUUAAGAAUGGCUGUGCCUCAACUCCUUGGUACAACAUGACAGUGCUGGUGCUGACUCCUGCAGCACUGGCCUGUGGACACUUUCAACAUUGCAGCAAAGUUUUCUUUUCAAGGAAGUCUUAGAGCCAGUUUGUUUCCAGCUUCCUUUCACUGUGAAUAGGUGCUGGUAGGGACCAGCUUCACCAUCAACAAGUGUCAGGGGGUAACGGAAGAUAGCAUCACCUGAUCUGCCAAGAACCAGGUUCUUCCGACCACCCCCUUGUCCAUCUUUCCCCUAAGGACCAAAGGAUUUCCCUGUAGCAAACCAGGAAAACAACAGCAGCAACAAAUGCUUCUUGCUUGUUUUAGCAGCUAUGAAAAAUUUCAGUCCUACCUCCAGGAGAGCCCAUGGUGCCUGUAAAGGUUUUGAAAAUUCCUUUUAUUCCAUGAUGAUUCCUACAGCAGGCUGAGAGUUGGUGCUAUGAGCUGUUGAGCCUCUUGUACAUCCUUCUGCUGGUCAGACCUUGCAGGCUUUGGCUGGGCCAGCAUCCAUGCCACUUCUGGGGAGUGUCACUUAUCGACAGGGGACCUGGGGACAAUUUAGGAUUAGUGCUCCACACUGCCAAACAUGGGGUGUGCAGCACCACUGGCCUUUGCCCAGGUUUUAAUCUUGGUGCAGUCAGUGAUGAGGGAACAGGUCAGAGGAACGAGAAUCAUUCACUCUCUAGGAACAGACUGCCCGAGGGAUGAGGGCAGGGAUGCUUCCCAGAGCUUCGGAUGCUCUGAUCAGGCCCUGUGCUGAAAUGAACUGCCAACACUUGGGACCAUUCCAGCUCCAGGGCCAGAGUUUGGGGACAGCGAUUUGAGAUACCACCCAAAUGCUGCCCAAGACUUGGCCCAGAGACAGACCCCAAAAUAAUGCCUCUUCCAAAAAUGUUAUGCAUUUCUAAUUUUAAAAUAAAUCUUUUAUGAAAUAAA